CUGUCAUGUGAUCGGCCGGGCCUGGCGGGGGAUGGCGGCGCACCUGAGCUCGGGCCGGGUGAACCUGACGGCGCUGCGGGAGGCCGGGCGCAGGGAGCUGCGCGAGUUCCUGGACAAGUGCGCGGGCUCCAAGGCAAUAGUGUGGGAUGAGUACCUCACAGGACCCUUUGGAUUAAUUGCACAAUACUCACUGUUAAAGGAACAUGAGGUGGAAAAGAUGUUCACCCUCAAGGCGGGCCGUCUGCCCCCAGCUGAUGUCAAGAAUAUUAUUUUCUUUGUCAGGCCCAGACUAGAGUUAAUGGAUAUAAUUGCUGAAAAUGUGCUCAGCGAAGACAGAGUUCGCUCUCCGCUGAGGGACUUCCACAUCUUAUUUGUGCCCCGUCGCAGCCUGUUGUGCGAGCAACGGCUGAAGGAUCAGGGUGUUCUGGGAUCCUUCAUUCAUAGAGAGCAGUACAGUUUGGACCUCAUUCCAUUUGAUGGAGACUUGCUGUCCAUGGAAUCUGAAAGUGCAUUUAAAGAGUGUUACUUGGAGAAUGACCAGACAAGUCUGUACCAAGCAGCCAAGGGACUGAUGACCUUACAGGCGCUCUAUGGAACUAUCCCACAGAUCUUCGGGAAGGGAGACUGUGCACGGCAUGUGGCUAACAUGAUGAUCAGGAUGAAGCGAGAGUUCCCUGGAGGCCAGAACUCAAUAUUUCCCAUCUUUGAUACCCUCUUGUUGCUUGACCGCAAUGUAGACCUGUUGUCGCCUCUAGCUACUCAGCUUACAUAUGAAGGCCUUAUUGAUGAAAUAUAUGGAAUUCAAAAUACUUAUGUGAAACUCCCUCCUGAAAAGUUUGCUCCUAAGAAACAGGGUGAGGGUGGCAAGGAUCUCCCCACGGAACCAAAGAAACUUCAGCUGAAUUCUGCUGAGGAGCUGUAUGCUGAAAUUCGAGACAAGAACUUCAAUGCUGUGGGGUCGGUGCUAAGCAAGAAAGCCAAAAUCAUAUCUGCAGCCUUUGAGGAAAGACACCAUGCUAAAACAGUUGGGGAGAUCAAGCAGUUCGUUUCACAACUGCCACACAUGCAAGCAGCAAGAAGUUCUCUAGCAAACCAUACUUCGAUUGCAGAACUGAUCAAAGACAUUACUACAUCAGAAGAUUUCUUUGAUAAUUUAACAGUGGAACAAGAGUUCAUGUCAGGAAUAGACACUGACAAGGUCAACAAUUACACUGAAGACUGCAUUGCUCAAAAACAUCCACUGAUCAAGAUAUUAAGGCUAGUUUGCCUGCAGUCAGUGUGUAAUAGUGGACUCAAGCAGAAGGUGUUGGACCAUUAUAAAAGAGAGAUUCUCCAGACUUACGGCUAUGAACAUAUAUUGACCUUAAACAAUCUGGAAAAGGCUGGACUCUUAAAACUUCAGACAAGCAGUAGAAACAACUACCCAACAAUCCGGAAAACCAUGCGGCUAUGGAUGGAUGAUGUUAAUGAACAGAAUCCAAAUGAUAUUUCAUAUGUGUACAGUGGUUAUGCACCAUUAAGUGUGCGUCUGGCACAGCUGCUUGCUCGCCCAGGGUGGCGUAGCAUAGAAGAAGUUUUAAAGAUGCUCCCAGGACCCCACUUUGAAGAGAGGCAGCAGUUACCUACUGGCCUUCAAAAAAAGCGUCAACAGGGAGAAAACAGAGUAACUUUGGUGUUCUUUCUGGGAGGAGUGACGUACGCUGAAAUUGCUGCACUGAGGUUUCUUUCUCAGAUGGAAGACGGAGGCACAGAAUAUGUCAUUGCCACCACUAAAUUAAUCAAUGGCACAAACUGGAUCAAAUCCCUGAUGGAGAAACUGGAGCCCCCACCUUUUUAGAAGCUAUGUCAAGAUCCAGUAAAAGGCUUAAGGCUGGCAUGGGGCCUUCAGAAAUGACUGCAGCUGGAGAAUAUGAAAUCACAUUUGCACUAGUGCAUGCAGUGGCUGCACUCUGCUCUCUGUUCUAUUCCUGCUACAUACAGAACUUCCCUAAUAAUCAUGUGACUCGACAGAGCAAGGAAGGAGGAAAUAAAGAUCAGUAUUAGAGCUGUUCCUGUCUGAACUAUACAAUCAUAGAACUUAAAGGGGACAAUUUUUCUAGUGUCCGUUAAAUCACCAAAGCUCUACGACUCUUCCUUCUCAACCAAGGGAGACUAUCCCAUAAUCUAAUUGAUCUCCAGGCCAGGAAGUCUUUCCUGCUGCCUUUAGUUCUCCCUUUCUUAAUGUCCUGCUAUUAUUCCUACUCUCACCCCUUUCCUCUAGCUUUGGGGAGCAGGCAUGGAUGUAAGUCACCCUUGCAGCUGCUGUCAAUACUUGUAACUUUCCUCUCUCUUCAGUAUCUGUUCAAGGAUGGGGUCCUAGCAAUAAAGGCAGUGCAGCUGUGCUUGGUUCUGUGAGAGGGAGAGAGAUAGACAUGAUCUGUUGUGACUAUUCCCACUACACCCUCAUUUGCUGUCUAUCCACCUUUAUCACAGGGGCGUGGGACUCCUCAAGAGGUUGUGAGAUUAUUACAAGGGGGCAUGAGGUGUCAACCUUCACUCCAAACCCUGCUUUGCCUCCAGCAUUUAUAAUGGUGUUAAAUUUAUAAAGGGGGGGGGCACACUCAGAGGCUAGCUAUGGGAAAGGGGUCAUCAGUACAAAGAGAGCUACUGCUUUACAGGGAAUGAUAGUCUCUAGUUUCUUUCAUCCAGUGCAUAGGUCCCUUUGCCUAGCUACUGUAGCAGUAGCUUGCACUGUACAAGCUGAAGCUGUUUUUUCUGGCUAUGUCACUGAUGACCUGCUAGGAUUAAACAGCUGGGUUUGUAAACUAAUAAUAAAAACACAGGGAGAGCUUCAGGGGUGGAAGUCACUUACAUUCCUCAAAUACAGCCUCUUUUUCCCUUUAGUUUGUCCUAACAUUCAAGGUUCCAAAAGGGUCGCUAUUACCUGAAGAGCCAUUGCAUGCCCAGAGCCAGUAAGCUGCACGACAUAGGUAAAUCCUCAGUAAAUAAUGACAAAGGGGCUGCUGGAAGCCUCCAUCCCCUGUGAGCAGUAAAGGAGAAAAAGAUACACCAUAGUUGUGUGCAAUGAUUCUGUACUGUCUAGGACUGCAUAUCUGCUUAAAUAACAGAAAAGGUUAGAGGCCAGCUGGUGCUUACACUACAGCUUCAUUUGUUACCUCCGAACCACCAAUGAUUAACAAGGAGAAGCUGACAAACUCAUGCUCCUUUAGAGCCCUUGUAAUGGACUAGGCCAGGGGUUCUCAUAAUAAAAUUUUUGGUGGCCUCAAAGCAAGGCCACCAACUCUUGCUGGUGGCCACACUGACAAAUUUUUCCUGAACUAUUUAAUUAAUGUGAUUGAUUUUUCCUAAACAGGCACAUGCACAUAUCCAAAUCAUUGUAAUGCAUUGAAUCUUUUUGCAGACUCAAUAAUAAAAAUAAUGUAGUUGUUGCU